AUGGCCAGCGAGGCGUUCCAGCGUGGAUGCAGUCUGUUUGUGGAUGAGGACUUUGAGGAGGCCCUUGGCGCGUUCAGCCAGGCCAUCGACCUUGCCGGCCCUGCCUCCAAGGAGACGGCAGAAUACUACGUGAAGCGUUCGGCGUGCCACGCGAAGCUGCAGCACCACACCGACGCCGUGGCCGACGCCAACGCGGCUCUCGCCAUCGAUCCCCAGAACCCUCGUGCCCUUCUGCGUAAAGGUACUGCGUGCUUCGCGUUGGACGAGUUCGAGGCCGCCAGGGAGGCCUUCCAGGCGGGACUUGCCGUAGAGCCCGCCAACAGCACCUUCAAGACCUGGCUCCGCAAGUGCGAGGCCGAGCUUGCUGGCGAGGAAGGACGCGAAGCUGAAGCUUCUUCGGGCGAGGCGGCUGCUCCUGCUCCCGCACAGCCUGCCACUACUGCCCCUGCUCCUGCCCAGGAGGCGCCCAAGGAAGCCGCAGCUCCCGCACCGGCGCCCACACAAGCGGCCGAGGCUGCUGCUCCUCCCAAGGAGCCCCGGGUCAGGCACACGUGGUACCAGAACGAGUCGUUCGUGUACGUGACCUUCUAUCAGCGCGACUUGAAGCAGACUGACGUCAAGGUCCAGUUCGAAGAGAAGGAGCUCGACGUGACGCUGGAGCUGCCGGACGGCACGUCGUUCGUGUUCGACGCCGAGCUGUGCGAUGCCAUCGUGCCCGACCAGUGCAAGAUCGCCAUCAACCGGGCCAACGUGGAGAUUAAGCUCAAGAAGGCGCGCUCCGGCCAGUGGGCCAAUCUCGAGGCCAAGCCCGGUGCCGUCGUCAACCCCUGGCCCGACACCUCGAGCGCCAACAAGCACCUGUACCCGUCGUCGUCGCGCAAGAAGCUGAACUGGGACCAGCUGGAGAAGGAGGUGGAGGAGGAGAAGCUCGAGGGCGACGCGGCCCUCAACAAGGUGUUCCAGGACAUCUUCGCCGGCGGGUCGGAGGAGCAGCGCCGGGCCAUGAUCAAGUCCUUCACC